AUGAUUGCAAGCAUAUCCUCUUAUACCUCUCCUCUGCCUUCAUCGUGCUUACCUUUCCACCCGGGUCUUCCCGUCGCUUUCGCGCGGGAUCGGGCGCUUCGUGGACUUCCCUUUUGGGGGAAGCCGCUCGCGGAAUCAUACCGGGCGCCAACGCUAGCCCUGUUUUGGGUUAGCGUAUUUGAUCCUAUACCGAUACCAGUUAUUUUCAAAGCCAGCGAACAGGAAAAGAAGGAUAAUAUCCCAUCUCGUCGACAAUCACCAAUUUGA